AUGGCGAACAUUCCGAAAGUGAAAGAAGUGUGAAUGGUUUUCCUUUUUCAACAUUACUCGAAAUGUUGUCAAUGUCUUUAGAAAUUUUUAACGGACAAUGUUCAACAACAACUUAUGUAUUCUGUGUGGAAGUCUUUUCGUGGGAUUUGCAGUGAUUUUCGUCGUGUAUAAGCUUUUGUUCAUGCGGAAACAUUCUUCAGGGGAUAACUCAACGUUGUUGGGUUCCCAAUAUUUGCAAGCAAUUUUUGGUGGUGGACAAUCGCUAGGAACAUUCGGCAGUAUGGCGAUGGCAGAUUGGCAAAGAAAACCAGAACUUCCUACUGAAAUACAAGGUCAAGGGAAGGGAUACGUCAGUGCACCAGACAUGAGAAAUAAUUCCCUGACUUAUCCAGACACAAAGUAUGUGAAGGAUCUGAGGAACCCAAUCUACCGAGCCAUCUCCAGACAGAACGGUGAAAUCAACAGAAUGAGCAAAGAACAGAUGAAGGCCAAGUUGGCCGAGCUAAGCCUCAAUACAAGUGGUAUCGGUGAAAUCCUGCGCACAAGAUUAAAGACUCAUUAUAAGAACCAUCUAAUGGGUCAGGAUGGUUUGGAGACGCCUUGCACUCAGCGAAACUACGACUAUCUAUGUGUGAUCGACUUUGAAGCGACGUGUGAAGAACCAACUCCAAUAGAUUACAUCCAGGAGAUAAUAGAGUUUCCAAUCGUACUGGUCAACACAAAAACCAUGAAAAUUGAGGAUAAGUUUGAUUCCUUCAUCAGGCCAGAAUUAAACCCAAGGCUUUCUACGUUCUGUAAAGACCUUACAAGUAUUACUCAGAAACAAGUGGACCGAGCUGACCUCUUCCCGGUAGUCUUAAGCCGAGUCCAUGAAUGGAUGAAGACUAAAGCGUUGGGUAAAGAGCACAGUUUCAUCAUAGUAACAGACGGGCCGUGGGAUAUGAACAUGUACCUCAAUGUUCAGUGCAAAUUAAGCCAAGUGCGAUAUCCAUCCUAUGCACGUCAGUGGAUCAACCUUUGCAAGACGUUCAGUAAUUUCUACAAGACCAAACGCAUGUGCCUCAGGAAUAUGCUUGGAGCAUUGGAGAUGGGGUUCGAUGGUCGGCCACAUCGGGGGAUUGAUGACGCUAUGAAUAUUGCUAACAUUGCCAUCAGGCUUAUGGAAGAUGGGUGUGAGCUUGAAGUCAAUGAUAGACUAUCCCAGUAGCCACACCCUACUAGUGACCACACCCGCUAAAAAAAAAACCUUAGAAGCUGGAUCUGGAUAUAUAUUCUCAAUGUUCUAAUUAGAGCCAAACGAGUAGAGAAGAUGAUGAAGAAAUUUCAGUUUUAGAUGUUGGAGGAAAAUCCCAGAGAAUUA